AUGUACAAGCAGACAAAGGCCCAGCGGGCCCGGACGAUGGCGCUCUACAACCCCAUCCCGGUCAAGCAGAACUGCUUCACCGUCAACCGCUCGCUCUUCAUCUUCAGCGAGGACAACGUGAUCCGCAAAUAUGCCAAGCGCAUCACCGAGUGGCCAUAUCCUUGCUGGCGCUGGGGCGGGGGGCUUGGGGAUGACACUGAACCAUAUUUCAUUGGAAUAUUUUGCUUUGAAGCAGGCAUAAAGAUUAUUGCACUGGGUUUUGUCUUUCACAAAGGGUCUUACCUGCGCAAUGGCUGGAAUGUGAUGGAUUUUGUGGUUGUGCUUACAGGGAUUCUGGCUACAGCUGGGACCCAAUUUGACCUUCGAACGCUGAGAGCUGUCCGUGUGCUGAGACCACUGAAACUUGUCUCAGGAAUCCCAAGUUUACAAGUUGUUCUCAAAUCCAUCAUGAAGGCGAUGGUACCUCUCCUUCAGAUUGGCCUCCUCCUUUUCUUUGCCAUUGUGAUGUUUGCUAUCAUUGGAUUGGAAUUCUACAUGGGCAAGUUUCAUAAAGCCUGCUUCUCCAAUGAAACAGGUGGGUGAUGGGAAGACCAACUGGGAGAUUUCCCAUGUGGUGAAGACUGGCCGGCCAGGCGCUGUGAAGAAGGGACAUGCAAAAAAUACUGGGAAGGUCCCAACUUUGGGAUCACCAACUUUGACAAUAUCUUGUUUGCUGUGCUCACCGUCUUCCAGUGCAUCACCAUGGAGGGAUGGACCGAUAUCCUCUAUAAUACUAACGAUGCUGCAGGAAACAUGUGGAACUGGCUUUACUUCAUUCCACUUAUCAUCAUUGGCUCUUUCUUCAUGCUUAACCUGGUUCUUGGUGUCUUAUCAGGUGAGUUUGCCAAAGAACGAGAGAGAGUUGAAAACCGGCGAGCUUUUUUAAAACUCCGGAGGCAGCAGCAGAUUGAGAGAGAACUCAACGGCUAUUUGGAAUGGAUCUUUAAGGCAGAGGAGGUGAUGUUAGCAGAAGAAGACAAGAAUGCUGAAGAGAAGUCCCCCUUGGAUGUGCUGAAAAGAGCAACAAUAAAGAAAAGCAAAAACGAUCUAAUCCAUGCUGAAGAGGGAGAGGAUCACUUCACAGAUGUUUGCUCUGUGGGGUCUCCAUUUGCUCGGGCCAGCCUAAAGAGUGGCAAAAAUGAGAGCUCCUCCUAUUUCCGGCGGAAAGAGAAGAUGUUCCGCUUUUUCAUUCGGCGCAUGGUGAAGGCCCAGAGUUUCUACUGGGUAGUCCUCUGUGUUGUGGCCCUCAACACUAUGUGUGUUGCCAUUGUGCAUUAUGACCAACCAGAAGGUCUCACCACCACCCUUUAUUUUGCGGAAUUUGUCUUCCUGGGUUUGUUCCUCACUGAGAUGUUUUUGAAGAUGUACGGCUUGGGGCCAAGGAACUAUUUCCAUUCCUCGUUCAAUUGCUUUGACUUUGGGGUAAGAAGGGAAUGA